AUGCCUAGGAAAAAUAAAAGAUAGAAUACCAAAAACAAGUAAGACAAUAACACAGAUUAAAACGAUCAGGCAGAACAAAUAGAAUCUGCCCCAGAUAUAGAUAAAAAAGAAGAAGAGCAGAUAUUGAAUGUUGAAUAAAAUAAUUAAGAGGUUACUACUGAGUAGGCUGUACCUUAAAAUUAGCAAAAUGCAAAUGACAAAUAAACACCGAACUAAGAUUAAGAUAAUUAGAAACAUGAGUAAAAGAAUCAAAUAGAGGAUAUACAAAAUACCCAAGAGAAUGAUUAGUUUGAGUAGUUUAAUGAUGCUCAGAAACAAAAACAGCAAGAUUUAGUAUCAGAUGUACAACAACAGACUAAAAAUGGUGAAAAUGAUAUUUAAUCUCCAUCCUAAUAGUUUGAUUAGAAAGAGACUUCUAAAAGGAUCUCUGCAACUUUGAAUGAAGAGACCCAUAAGCCCUAAGAACCAUAAUUUCUAGGUCAACCUUCACCUGAUUCUGCACAUGAUGAAAAUAUUAAACCUUCCUCAAAACCUAAUGUCUCACUUUCAUUGCACGAUAGUGAGGUUGAACAUUCUAUAGAAACUCCAACUUAGAGACCCUUGAAGGAAGUAGCCAUUGUUUAGAUUUAAUAACAUGAAGUUGUUUUAAAUGCUUAGGCUCCUCUGUUUGUGGAGAAAGCGAAUGACUAAGUGAUGUUAGAAGGUGCCCCAUAAACCUAAUUGAGGAAAUAGAAUGAUGAAGUCGUUUUGGAGAGAGUCUAAUAAUAAAAAAUGGAAGUCAAAGUUGAAUACACCAAUAUCGAAGUGCAGCCUAAAACACACAUAGAAUCUCAUUAAUAAAUAGAAUUAGAGAAGUAACCAUAGAUUUAGCAAUAAGUAGUUGUAGAGAGAACAGAAACACAAAGUUAGGUUUAAGUAGAAGUAUAAAAAAAUAAAAGUGAAAUUGUGACUGAAGAGAAGUCCAAAGUGUAAACAUAAAACUCUAAUGAUGGUGUUUACUUACAAUAAAUACCAGUUGUUCAAUUAGAGAAUCAUCAGGAGGUUUCAAUUGAGUAACAACCUCGAAUCAAUUUGGAAUCAAGGAACCUAGAUACUCAAAUUGAGAAGUGUCCUCAAAUUGAAAUCCCACUCAAUGCACAAUCCACAUCUCUUCAUGAACAUCCUAUUGUCAAUCUUGAGGUUAAUCACAAUAUUCAUCAAGUACAUCCCAGUCCUCAUGUCUAAUCAAUACAGACUGAAUAAUUCAACUCGAUAGAACAAUAGCCUAAUCCAUCUGUUGAAUAAAAAGGAUAUGCUUUAUUUUCUGUCUAAGCACCCAAAACAGAAGUCUAGGUUACUUACACUUAAGUUAACUCUGAGCCAUAGUAAUAAUUAAAGGUGGAAUCCAAUCAGUAAUAAACUCAAUUGAUUCAAGAGGAAGAGAAAGUCCAUGUUUAAUAGGAUGAUCAGACUCAUAUUGAAGUUUAACCAUCCCAUGAAAUCAUCAAUGUAGAGAAGAGGGAAGUUAUUGAACAUAAACCACAGUUACACACUGAAUAAAACUCUAAUCCUGUUGAAGUUAGUCACAAUGAUUCUGUUAGAAUUGAAGGAUAUCAUGUAGAUCAGAAGAACAAUCAAUAAAAAUAAUAAAAGUAGGUUCCUCAAUUUGUUUAAUCUCCAACUCAACAAGUCAAAGAUUCAGAACCUUUGUAACCGCAAAAUGAUGCAGAGUAGUAAUUUUUAAAUAGGUCUCAAUCCGAAAAUCACCCCUCUUCAUCAAAGAUCAUUCAGCAAGUGCCCCAAGAAGUUGGUAUGUUAGGCUUGUCUGUUGCUGCAGCUGCUGGUGCUUCUUAAUUUAUAAUGAAGAAUGGAGUUAAAUCAAAGGAAGGGCUAUUUGCAGCUUUGGCUGGUUCAGCCAUCUUGUAUGCUGGCUACAGAUUAUUUAAAUCCAAGAGUUAACAAAAUGAAAAAAAAGAUUGA